UAAAGGAAGUGAGUCACACUGACGGUAAUGUUACGUCUCUGUUGCAGCCAGAACAGAGAACAAGGAAGCAACAUGUGCUGACCAUAAUAACUCCAACACAUCAGCACAGACAGCCACGAGACAAGAGACAAGGAGCCAAGGACACUCAACAAACUGCUGGGUAUUCACAGACUGGACACUUUUUUUCUCACCAUGAAAAGAGAGGUGGAGGCUGGAGUCAGCUUCCUCAAACGCCUGGCUGUGGCACAUGGCAAGCUCAGUGAAGCCAAGGCAGAAUGUUUUUCUGAGAAGCUACAGAAACUUUUAUGCGACAGAUAUGAUGAACACUGGUACCCUGACUGCCCCAGCAAAGGCCAGGCAUACAGAUGUAUCCGGAUAAAUAGCGGAGUACUUUGCGAUGAAGUAAUUCUGAAGGCAUGUGAGGAGAGUGAGCUCACACCCAGUGAACUAGGCCUUCCGCGUGAGAUCACACUGUGGAUCGACCCACUGGAGGUGUGUGCAAGAUCUGCAGAGAACGGUAGGCCCUUCACAAUAGCCUGUUUCGAAGAGGAAGGUGUGGAGGGAAAACAGACUGACUCCUCAGUGGACUCAAUAAAUCUGGACACAUCAGAUUACCACUCUGCUACCUCUUCGGAUUGUGGUUCCACUGCGUCAAGCGACACAGAGGAGGAGGCAAAAGAUGGCGAGACGGAGGGAGAGCACGGAAAUGAAGAGAAGGAGGUCGUCAAGAAGGAAGAGGCAGAAGGCGACACCUACACUGUAGCAAUGAUGCCCAGGAUUCGCAAGCGACACGGAGAAGGACCAAAUAAACUCAAAUACGUCAGAAAUAUGCUCCCUGCCAGCCUCCAGUACUUCUACCACCCUGCACCAGUUUGGCCUCAAUACAAGAAAGGCACUCCUAUGUUUCUUAAUGCAGUAUGCGCACCUCCGCCACCUCCACCCCAGCAGGUAUUUGGCUACUAUAUCUUGCCGCAGCCAUCUCCGCAGUUUAUUCUGCCUCAGGCCACUCUGCAGCCGUGGGGAGCUGUGAAGGGUUAGACCGUCCAGGAUGUAUGGGGUGAAGGUGGAUAGAGCGUUAUAAGCUCGUUCAACUGAGCCAUGUCGUGUCAGUUCUGAGUUCAGCUAAACUUGGGCCAAAAAAAGAACUUUGUUUAACUGUAUAGCUCAAAGUUAUUCCUUUUACAACCUGUAAUGAUUCCUUUUUCUUUUUCAUUUCUGGUGACUUGUAAUUGAUGGCUUAUACUCGGCACGGAGAUGCCACUGAACUUGAAUGAAAACUGUUUUCUUUUUUAAAAUCUGUCAGGUCUAAACUGCCAUUUUUUUGUAACAUAUUGUACACGUUAAGAAUGACUUCAAUCAUAGGGUGCUUGGACUAACUCAGGAACUCUCAGCAAUAUCCUAAUAGCAAAUAAUAGUUUUUUUCAGGUGUCACUUCUGUUAUAAUGUUAAUUUCUUCGCCAAAUAUGGUCCACAGUGUUUAGGUCUCAAUGAAUUAAUGUACACUGUGAUUCAGGGGUUUAAUCUACUGUAGCUAGGGUGACAAUAUAUGUAUAUUAAGAAUAUUUUUACUAAACUGCUUGUAAAUAAUACAGAACUUUUGUUGUAAUUUAUUUGGCCACCAGUGGAUGGCACUCAACUCAUAGCACAUGAAAUUGUAUAUUUUUGUAUUAACAGUGGCUGCUGUAUUUUGCAAAUCGAACUUCACCCAACGCAAACAUGAUUUUCAAUAGAUUAAACUAUGUGCUGUCAGUACAAUGUAUAUGCUCAGGUGUCUCUGUAUUAUGGCCUGCUCAAAGCUCUGUGUUUUUAAAGUUUUUAUUGUAGAUAGCUUUCCUUUCCAUGAAAAUCUGCUAAAUCCUGAAUACACGUUUCACUCACUGUUCUGUACUGCGAUUAUUUUUUAUUAUAUUAAUGCAUAUUUAUUUGCCACCUUGAAGCUCAUCUGUAUUCUUAAGCAUUGUUUUGCUUUCACCUUUUGCAUUAGCCAUUUACCUUCUUAUUGCAGCAGAUUAAAUCAACUCAUACCUGAAA